UUCAAUUAUCUGAGUCAAUGGGACCAUUUUCAUUCAAAUACCACAAUAAAUAUUAAUAUUAGCAUAUUUAAUUGCAGGUAUACCUUAAAACAAAAUGAGAAAAUAAUAAAUGAUAGUUGUUUUGAUGGAAAAAUGAAAACUGAGUUAGAAGGUGGGGAGAGGCAAUAUCAUGAAGAAUUUGGAAGACAGUUAUGGUCACCACUGUACCAUCAAUGCUAUGAUGAAGAAUUUGAAGUCAGUCAACAUGAAAUGUUCCUAGGGAAUCUAAGUAUGAACUUAAAGGCUUUACACAACAGUGUGGCACAGUUGCAGGAGGCACAGUUACAAGAAGAUGCACAGAGAGAAGGUGUCCUGAGUUCUGCAAGAAUGGAACAUCUGCUAUGGAAGCUGGAAGUUGACUGUCUCAAGUUAGAAGACUCAGUAAAGAACCAAGCAGAAGAAAUUGAAGAGAUUGAGCGUCAACUGUUACGAGAAGAUUUGACUGAAGACAGAAAGAAAGAACGAAAUGAACUGACCCAGUCAACACAAUCCCUGGCACGUGCUUUGGAACAUGAGAUGGAGAAAAGUGAAGAAUUAGAAAAGGAACUUCGUAGAUUUAUGGAAGUCUUAAAAAUAACAGGAAAGAAGUUAGAUGAAUGUGAAAAUAGAGAAUUACAUUUUUAUGAAGAUAGGACAAACAGAACAUUUGAAAUGCUACAACGUGAGAUCAAUUAUCUUAAAGAUACAUGGGAACCUAUACAUUGCAAAUAUCUACAUCAAGAUAUAAACAUUCAGUUGACUGAGCAAGAAUUGUUAAAAAUAAAAACAGAGCAAGAGAAUUAUGAACACCUACACGAGACUCAAGGAAAUGUGGAAAAGGAAGUGCUAACCCUCAAAGGGCUGGUUCAAGAGAGUAUGGAGAAUGGAAAAGCUAGAGGUGUCUAA